AUGGCAUUUGGGGAAAAAAGAUCUCCCUCUCAGAACAGCAACACCAUGUUAAUCAGCAGCAACGUGUUACAGGGAUUAAGAGUUGUAGAUACAGUAUCCCUUACGACUAGGGGUUUAAAUACAGUGCCUCUUACAAGUAGAAAUGUAGCUACACUACCUCCUAUAAGAACAUGUGUAGAUUCAGAGCCUCUUACAAGUAGAGAUCUAGAUAUAGUUUCUCUUACAAGUAGAGAUGUAGAUAUAGUGUCUAUUACAAAUAGAAAUGUAGAUAUAGUGCCUCUUACAAGUAGAAAUGUAGAUAUAGUGCCUCUUACAAGUAGAAAUGUAGAUAUAGUGCCUCUUACAAGUAGAGAUGUAGAUACUGUGUCUAUUACAAGUAAAGAUGUAGAUAUAGUGCCUCUUACAAGUAGAGAUGUAGAUAUAGUGCCUCUUACAAGUAGAUGUGUAGAUAUAGUGCCUCUUACAAGUAGAAAUGUAGAUACAGUGUCUAUUACAAGUAAAGAUGUAGAUAUAGUGCCUCUUACAAGUAGAGAUGUAGAUAUAGUGCCUCUUACAAGUAGAUGUGUAGAUAUAGUGCCUCUUACAAGUAGAAAUGUAGAUACAGUGUCUCUUACAAGUAAAGAUGAUGAUACAGUGCCUCUUACAAGUAGAAAUGUAGAUACAGUGCCUCUUACAAGUAGAAAUGUAGAUAUAGUGCCUCUUACAAGUAGAGAUGUAGAUACUGUGUCUAUUACAAGUAAAGAUGUAGAUACAGUGCCUCUUACAAGUAGAAAUGUAGAUACAGUGCCUCUUACAAGUAGAAAUGUAGAUAUAGUGCCUCUUACAAGUAGAGAUGUAGAUACAGUGUCUAUUACAAGUAAAGAUGUAGAUAUAGUGCCUCUUACAAGUAAAGGUGUAGAUAUAGUGCCUCUUACAAGUAAAGAUGUAGAUAUAGUGCCUCUUACAAGUAGAGAUGUAGAUACAGUGCCUCUUACAAGUAGAAAUGUAGAUACAGUGCCUCUUACAAGUAGAAAUGUAGAUAUAGUGCCUCUUACAAGUAGAGAUGUAGAUACUGUGUCUAUUACAAGUAAAGAUGUAGAUAUAGUGCCUCUUACAAGUAGAGAUGUAGAUAUUAUGCCUCUUACAAAUAGAGAUGUAGAUAUAGUGCCUCUUACAAGUAGAAAUGUAGAUAUAGUGCCUCUUACAAGUAGAAAUGUAGAUACAGUGCCUCUUACAAGUAGAAAUGUAGAUAUAGUGCCUCUUACAAGUAAAGAUGUAGAUACUGUGUAUCUUCAAAGUAAAGCUGUAUUUACAGUGCUUCUUACAAGUUGA